AUGGCGAAGCCACGUAAGCCUAGGAACGAAGGCGCCAAGUCCGAGAAUUCCGGCGCUGUAGUUCGUCACCAGAAGCUCUGCCUCUCCAUCGACCUUGACAAGCGCCAAAUCUACGGUUUUACUGAGUUGGAAAUCGCUGUUCCUGACAUAGGCAUUGUGGGGCUUUAUGCCGAGAAUUUGGGUCUCGAGAGUGUUUAUGUGGACGGGGAGCCUACUGAGUUCGAAUACUAUCCGCACCAGCAAAAUGUAGACAACGAGAAGAGAUGGGGUUCAGUGUCGGAUCCUAGCUCUGCUGCCGAUGCUGCUUGCGCCUCCUAUUUGUCUGCCUUGGAGAGGGAACGUGUUCCUAAUCUGCUUAUCAACUGUUGCAAAGCUUAUAGGGCUGCAGUUGAGCCUGAGCAACUUAAUUCCGAUAAUGGAUUGCAGUCCUCCGGCGAAGCCAAGCAGCAGAAUGUGAAAUUGGUCCGUAUCAACUACUGGGUAGAGAAAAUGGAGACAGGUAUUCAUUUUGAAGAUGGUGUGCUGCACACUGAUAACCAGAUAAAGCGUGGCAGGUGCUGGUUCCCUUGUAUGGAUGAAGGCUUUCAGAGAUGCUGUUAUGAUCUGGAGUUCACAGUUGCUCAAAAUCUUGUAGCGGUUAGUGUGGGAAGCUUACUAUACACGGUUCUAAGCGAAGAUAGCCCUCCUCGUAAAACGUAUGUGUACAGAUUGGAGGUUCCUGUAAUGGCUCAUUGGAUUUCACUGGUGGUUGCACCGUUUGAGAUAUUUCCUGACCCUCAACUUGGUCUUGUGUCACACUUGUGCUUGCCAUCUUCUUCUUCUCAACUACGCAACAGCAUUCAAUUUUUUCACAAUGCAUUCAAAUAUUAUGAAGACUACCUGGAUGCAAACUUCCCCUUUGGAUCCUAUACCCAGAUUUUUUUAGCUCCUGAGAUGGUGGUAACCUCAUCAAGCUUGGGAGCUGCAAUGUGUGUCUUCAGUUCACAACUGUUGUACGACGAAAAAGUUAUCAAUCAGACAUUAGACACAUGCAUCAAACUAUCUUUUGCACUUGCUCGGCAGUGGUUUGGGAUAUAUAUUGCUCCAGAAGAACCAACUGAUGAGUGGUUGCUGGAUGGGCUUGCUGGUUUCUUGACGGAUCUGUUCAUCAAGAAAUUUUUGGGUAAUAAUGAGGCGCGUUACAGGCGGUACAAGGCUAAUUGUGCUGUUUGUAAAGCGGAAGAUCCCGUGAUAACUUUGAGCUCCUCCACUUCUUGCAAGGAUCUUUAUGGGACCCAUGGCAUUGGUAUAUAUGGAAAAUUACGAUCUUGGAAAUCAGUCACCAUUCUGCAAAUGCUGGAGAAGCAAAUGGGGCCCGAGUCAUUCCGCAGAAUUUUGCAAAAAGUUGUUUCUCGGGCCGGAGAUGGUGUUCCUAUUAGAUCUCUCAGUACGAAGGAGUUUCGACAGUUUGCGACCAAGGUUGGAAACCUAGAGCGGCCAUUUGUGAAAGAAUAUUUUGCCCGUUGGGUUGGUUCCUGUGGGUGCCCAGUGCUGAGAAUGGGAUUCUCGUAUAACAAAAGAAAAAAUCUUGUUGAACUGGCGGUACUGCGGGAGUGUACAGUCGCGCCUGAAGCAAGUGCAUCAGUUCUUAAUGCUGAUGGUGAAAAUCGGGACGGUGAUCUUGGUUGGCCUGGAAUGAUGAGUAUAAGGAUACAUGAGUUUGACGGUAUGUAUGAUCAUCCUGUUCUUCCUUUGUCUGGUGACACCUGGCAGUUGUUGGAAAUACAAUGCCAUUCAAGGGGUUCUGGAAGGCGCUUCCAGAAACCCAAAAAAGGUUCAAAACCUGAGGGCUCUGAUGAAAAUGGCGACGUUCCUGCUGUGGACCGUGCUAGUUCGGAGUCCCCAUUGUCUUGGAUCAGGGCAGAUCCAGAGAUGGAAUAUCUUGCUGAAAUUCACCUUAAUCAACCAGUGCAGAUGUGGAUCAACCAAUUGGAGAAGGAUGAAGAUGUUGUUGCUCAGUCACAAGCAAUUGUGGCACUGUCAUCUUUGCCCCAGCUUCCGUUCUCAGUUGUAAAUGCCCUGAGCAAUGUCCUCAGUGAUUCCAAGGUCUUCUGGAGAGUGCGCAUUGAGGCAGCAUUUGCAUUAGCAAAUAGUGUCUGUGAGGAAUCUGAUUUGGCUGGUUUACAACAUCUGGUAAAAUUCUAUAAAAGCAGGAGGUUUGACUCAACCAUUGGACUUCCCAAGCCGAAUGACUUCCACGAUUUUCCCGAAUACUUAGUUCUCGAGGCUAUUCCUCAUGCUGUUUCGAUGGUGAGAGCUGUAGACAGGAAGAGUCCGAGAGAAGCUGUUGAGUUUGUGUUGCAGCUUCUAAAGUACAAUGAUAAUGAUGGAAAUCCUUAUUCAGAUGUUUUCUGGCGUGCUGCACUGGUUCAGUCAGUUGGUGAACUGGAAUUUGGGAAACCGAGUAUGAGCUGUUUGUCAUCUCUACUCAAGCGCAUCGACCUGCUGUUGCAAUCUGACAGGGUAAUGCCGAGCUACAAUGGGAUAUUGACAGUGAGCUGCAUUCGAACCCUAUCACAAAUUGCAAUGAAGCUCUCGGUAUCUGUUCAUCUCGAUCUUGUCCUUGAUCUUAUUAGACCGUUUCGCGAUUUUGGAGGCAUAUGCCAAGUAAGAACUGAAGCAAGUAGAUGUCUGCUUGAUUUAGAAUUCCACUGCAGAGGCAUAGAUUCGGCGUUAUCAUUAUUUAUAAGAUAUUUAGAGGAAGAACCAUCCUUAAGAGGCCAGACGAAACUUGGUGCACAUGCUCUAAGGUUAUGCCAGAUACGAGAUGGAUCUAAUUCUGACAAUGAAAUGAGUAGUGCAACACUGGUCGCUCUGCUUCAAGUGCUCGAAGGUCCCAUUGCAUUCAACAAUAUAUAUGUUCGACAUCACUUGUUCAGCAUUUUACAUGUCCUUGCAGGAAGGAAUCCUACUUUGUAUGGAGUUCCCAGAGACAAAACAUUGUGUGUUGUUGGUGAUGCUGAAACUUGCAGUGAACAGAAGAAUAUAUUUGCAGCUCUGAUCACUGAUAAUAAGGAAACAAAGCCUCCUGAAGUAGAGAUCUUACAACAGCAUGAUACCGAAACUGCAAUGUUUGAAGACUCCAGAGUUGCAAAUGCAGUAGUUUUGAACAAUGAUGAACAUCAACUAAUGGACCCGACUGUUCCGCCAGUUGUAGCAGAUCAGCAUCCCAAGGAAGCAGAGGUAGCAGUUUCCAACAAUCAAAAAGAGAUUCAUCCUGAGUUGGAAAUAGGUGGUGUUCCAGAAGAAGUUUCAAGGGAAGUCGACACUCUCUCAAACAAUCAUCACGAGCCAAAGAAGUCGGUUGUCAAGAUCAGACUGAGAAGAUCAGCUGCCUCGAGCCGAGCCGACACAGCUGAUAAUCUGACUAUAGAGAGGCAGCAGCAUGAAGCUGAUUGUGGACCGACCAGCUCCAUCUCGGUCGAUGCUCCGCCUCCGAGAAAUUCAGCUGUUGAGGAGGCUGCAACAAGCUUUAAUAGCAACCGCCAGAACCUCGAGGAAGUAAACUCGAGUCAUGACCCUGCUGGGUCAAGAAUGACCGCCACUAGCAUUGGCAGCGCGAGACAUGUGAGCGAAGUUGGGAAGGAGCUGCAAUGCACUGCUGAUUCGAGCAAAGUGUCGGUGCACCCUGACCCGUCGUCGUGGUCACCUAGCUCGGUUCAGGAGGACAAUAACAAUAAUGUCGAUCCUGAGGCUCAGAGGUUUGCUAGUUUGCAGACAGUACUGUCAGCUGGGAAGGUCGAAGGCAGCGAAGCAAAAGAGAAGAAGAAGGACAAGAAGGAGAAGAAAAGGAAGCGGGGAGAUGGGGAAGAGAAAGGCAAGAAAAGGGAUGAUCCAGAAUACCAGGAGAAGAAGCGGUUGAAGAAGGAGAAGAAGAGAAAAGAGAAAGAGCUGGCAAAGUUGAUGAUGAUGGGUGAACAGCCGCAACAGAAGAGGGAAGAACCAGAAUUAGGGGUGAAGUCGAGUGAGCUCCCACGGGAAGUGAAAGCAACGAAUAUUGUGGAAAGCGUCAGAGUGGAGCCAUCAGAAGGGACUUCAGCUGUCCGCCCAAUGACAUCAUCUGGCCCCAGGAUUAAGAUUAGAAUCAAGAACAAAACGUUGAACCAAUCUUAA